UUAUUUUCUUUUCCUUUCCAAAAGGAAAGCUUUCCCAUUACACUCUCUCUCUCUGUCUGGCUUUAAAGCCAUAGCUCACAACACAAACCAAAGCUACUCUCUCACAAAACACAAAGUAAGACUCAAAGGCCAAAACAAGACUAGGAAGAAACACUCUUUCCAGUUUCAGUUUCUCUUCUCAAAACCCUCUCUCCUUCUAUCUCUCUCACAACUUCCCCUUUAAACCAUAAAGAAAACAGUAGAGACCAACACUAAGAAAAAGGCAGUGAAUUGAAAAUUCUUCUUGGAAUCCGCAAUUCUCUUUCCGGGUUAUCGGGCUCCGGAUCUGCCACCCAUUUCACCAACACCCUUCACCUUUCUUGGUUACCCCGUUAAAACCCCAUAACUUUCUAUAAACCCACCAAGAAAAAAAAGAAAGAAAAAAAAAAGAGAGAAAGAACCAAGUUUUUAGAAUCUCUUCCCACUGCCAAAAACAUUGAAAAACACUUCUUCUAUAUACAGUAAAACUCAACGACAAAGUCUUUUAUAUAUAUAUAUAUAUAUAUACAAGUGACAGAGGGCAGUUGCUUUGUUAGUGAUAAGACAUGGCAGGUAAUCAACAGGAAGGGUUAGGUGAUGAUUUCUUUGAGCAGAUCCUGGCAGUGCCACCAGGCUACGGUGGUGGUGCUGGUGGUGGAGGUGCUAGUGAAGUUGGUGGUGCCACGUUGCCUAUGGUGUUACAGUUAGGGUCAAGUGGCGGUCCAGCUGGUGGCAGUGGUGGUGACGGUGGUGGUGGAGGGUUUAGAGGGAUGGGAAUUGGUGUCGGUAUGGGAAUGAUGCCUCUGGGUUUGAAUUUGGAACAUGGAUUCUUACGACAUGAAGAUGGAGUUGUAGUUGACAGCAACAACAAUAACAGCAACAAUAAUAACAAUAAUGCUUCUUGUUCAGCUGCUUCUGCUGUUUCUGGAAUCAGUGAGAGAGAUUCCAUGCAUAUGACAAGCUUGUUUCCACCCUUUGGACAAAUGCAAACUCAGCAAAUCCGUCCUUCACCUCCCCCUCCUCAGCCUCCUCCCCAGCUUCACCAGCAAUUUCAUAGCCAGCCAACAUCAGGUCCAGUUGCUGCUGCACCGCACCCACCUGCCAUCCGUCCAAGGGUGCGAGCAAGACGAGGACAGGCAACGGAUCCGCACAGUAUUGCUGAGCGGUUACGCAGAGAAAGAAUCGCAGAAAGAAUGAAAGCUUUGCAGGAGUUGGUUCCUAGCUGCAACAAGACGGAUAGGGCAGCCAUGCUUGACGAAAUUGUAGAUUAUGUGAAGUUUCUAAGGCUUCAAGUCAAGGUCCUGAGCAUGAGCAGACUCGGUGCAGCAGGUGCCGUGGCUCAGCUUGUAGCUGAUGUGCCACUAUCAUCUGUCGAGGGAGAUGGCAUAGAAGGUGGAACCCAGCCUGCCUGGGAGAAAUGGUCAAAUGAUGGAACUGAACAGCAAGUGGCUAAGCUGAUGGAAGAAGACAUUGGAGCUGCCAUGCAGUUUCUUCAGUCCAAGGCACUUUGCAUCAUGCCCAUAUCACUGGCCUCCGCGAUCUUCCGCACACACCAACCGGACGCACCAACGAUAGUGAAACCCGAAUCAAGCACCCCUUCAUAGAGCAAAACAACAGCAUGAUGCAACCGCGUGUGCAUGCCCGUAAAAAUGACUCCUUACCGUGCAUUUUGGGGUCCCAAAUCCUGUAAUAGUCCUGUCCUGUACUCACACGCGAUGGCUAUUUCGUGCUUUGGUCCAAUCUUUGGAACACUCAUUGGCAACAUCAAUCAAGUCAGUGCAACCUUUUCCAUCCUUCUUUUUUCCAGUUUUGUUCCAAAAGCAAAGAAAAAAAAAGGAGUGUUUUCCAUGCCUAUCUUGAAAAAAAAACUUGGAAAGGCAUCUUGAUGUUACACUCCAUGGUGUAGUCAAGGGAAAAAAAAAACUUUUCAAAGGUUUCAUUGAUGUUUUCCUCUUCUAAUAUCCAUAGCUGGGUGAGUGGAGGAUGACCCAAAAAAAAAAAAAUACUGAGUGGUGGGAACUCGCUUUCUUUCUUUUUGUCUCUGGGAUAGUGGGAAGUGGGACCAUUGAAAAGGGAUGGAUAGGUAUGUGUAUGAUGCAUUUGCAGAAAAAUUUUAAUUCAAGUUGAAAUUUGAUAAUGGACUGCUUUGUGGGAA